UUGAAAUAUUCGAAAAGUGCAUUUCAGAAGUUGAAGUAAUUUUAAAAUAUAUCUGUUUCAAUAUGACAAAUACUGGUCUAUUGGUUCUAACAAAUCCUUCGAAAAUGAAGGGAUUACUGUUCAUAAUCGAGAAUCAGAAAAGUCUAAAAACUUUGUACAUCCAAUAUCUUCCAGGGAAGAAUAUUUUUGCAGGAAAUUAUAACUCUACAAUAUUACAACAAAAAGAUCCUGAGUAUUCUAAGACGAUCAUUGACAUAUACAAAAGUAUUUCUACAAUCGCUUCUGGUCUUGAUAUUCGUGUUUUGCUCACAAACUUGAAAUAUCCCAAUAGAUCUAUUAUAAAUACUAAAAAACCUGUAGAAGUAGUUAUCUUUGAUCAAAAGUGUAGUAAAGAAGAUGCAGAUACAUUCAUUCAGAAUUGUUUAGCAAAUAAGUCGGUGAAUUAUCAUUUUAUUAACCACAUGCUUGGUACACAUCAGAACUAUUGUAAAAAUAUAAAAUAUGAUGCUCAGAAAAUAAAAACUUACAAAAAUGUAGUACUAGGUGGUACAUUUGAUCGAUUACACAAUGGACACAAGAUUUUGUUAAGCGAGGCUGUACUGCGAUGUACAGAAAAACUUACUGUUGGUGUGACAGAUACUAACAUGAUUACUGGUAAAGUGUUAUGGGAACUCAUACAACCAUGUACGCAAAGAAUAAAAAAAGUUGAAGAGUUUUUGGAAGAUAUAGAUUCAUCAAUAUCAUACAAUGUUGUUCCUAUUAAUGACAUUUAUGGACCUACUAAGGAAGAUCCAACAUUUGAAAUGAUAGUUGUAACUGAAGAAACAAAACGUGGAGGUGAUAAAAUCAAUGAAUUACGUUUGCAAAAAAAUUUGAACAAAUUGGAUAUUCAUGUAGUAGAGUUAGCAGCUGAUGAAGACCAUAAAGAACAUGAAGAGGCUAAAAUUAGCUCUAGUAAUCACAGAAUGCGAUUACUUGGUACAUUACUUCAAGAUCCUAGAAAAAGUAAAGUCUUAAGAUAUCAUAUCUUAAAACCUUACAUCAUUGGUUUAACGGGUGGUAUUGCAAGUGGAAAAUCUUCAGUUGCUGAAAAAUUGCAACAGCUUGGCGCUGGUCUUGUAAAUUGUGAUAAAUUAGCUCAUAACUUAUAUUUACCUGGAACAGAUUGCUUUAAUAAAAUAAUUGAAUAUUUUGGCUCUUCUAUUCUUGACUCAGAUGGAUGUAUAAAUAGAAAGUUACUUGGUGACAUUGUGUUUAAUAAUAAGGAGCAAUUAAAAAAAUUGAACAAAUUAAUUUGGCCUUUAAUUCUACAAGAAGCUAAAAAAGAAAUAACUAUUUUUUAUAAGAAGCAUCAUUAUAUUGUUGUACUGGAAGCAGCAGUUUUAAUUCAAGCUGAGUGGCAAAAUGAAUGCAAUGAAAUUUGGACUUGUAUUAUUCCAGAAAAUGAGGCUAUAAAACGAGUUAUGGAUAGAAAUGGAUUGUCUGAGGAAGCAGCAAAGUUACGAAUUAACAUGCAACCAAGUACUAUGGAGCAAGUUAAGGAAGCCAAUAUUGUUAUAUGUACUUCGUGGAGUUAUGAAAGAACCCUGGUACAAGUAGAAAGAGCAUGGAGAGAAUUAAUAAAAAGGAUUUAAACAAAUUCUAGGCUUUUUGAUAAAUAACAUUUAA